CGAUGGCAUGGACACUUACGCAAGGUCUGCCGCGCCGCCGUGCUACUGGAGCAUAUUCGCAGUCUCUUCAGCCUUCAACCCAGCUCCGCCGCCAUCGCCCCACAGCCCUGCCGCAACGCGACCACCGACCAUCGAGCCAAAGCAGGCGGCAUGAGGAGGCUUGAUUCGGUACACUUAUCCAUGCUGCUCAUCGGGGUCUCCUUCGCCUGCUACUCCCCGAGUCUGAAUUCCCUGCAGGACCAGGCUUACAAAUCCGCCGUGGUGAUUGAGGGCAAGGUGCAGUCCGCGCCUCAGAACGUCUCAGCGGAGCCGUACAGUGUGGAUGUCAAAGUCCUGGACUUGUGGCCGCGAAACAGCGGGGGUCUGGAGCGGGAUCAGCUCGUCACCGUUGGGGAAUUUGGCUCGGAGGCUCCGUGCACCAAAGUGAAGAAGAAUCACAUGUAUAUAUUUUUCAUGGACCCAACUGAUGAACCCUUGGUUUUCAAAGCAUCGUUUGCGCCCUUAGAUACAAGUGGGAAGAACCUGAAAAAAGAUGUUGGGAGGAUCUUGUGUGAAAACUGCGCUGCUCCUCCCUCACUGAAGCGCAUGAAAAACCCUGUGUUGGUGGACGAAGGAAGCAGGCUGAUUGUGAGGUGUGAGGCCUCUGGCAACCCCACCCCGCAGUACAAGUGGUACAAAGAUGGCGCUGAACUGAAGAAGAGCAAAGAGAUCAAAAUUUCCAGGAACGGCAAGAAAACUUCCAAAGUUCAUAUCAGCAGUGCAAAGCUGGAGGAUUCUGGGAAUUACACAUGUGUGGCAGAGAAUAUUCUGGGGAAGGAGAAUGGCACCAGUACAGUGCACGUACAAAGCAUAACCACAACGUUAUCUCCGGGUUCGGGUCACGCCAGAAGAUGCAACGAGUCAGAGAAGGCGUACUGCGUGAAUGGCGGCGACUGUUACUACAUACAUGGUAUAAAUCGGCUAUCCUGCAAGUGUCCAAAUGACUUUACUGGUGAUCGCUGUCAAACCUACGUUAUGGCCAGUUUCUACCAGUCUCUUGGGAUUGAAUUUAUGGAGGCAGAGGAGCUCUAUCAGAAGAGAGUCCUGACAAUCACCGGAAUCUGUGUGGCUCUUUUGGUGGUGGGCAUAGUCUGUGUGGUGGCCUACUGCAAAACCAAGAAACAGAGGAAGAAGAUGCACAAUCAUCUGAGGCAGAACAUUUAUGUGGAUCAUCCCAACCGCAACCUGGCCAAUGGACCCAAUCACCCAGGCCCUGGUCCUGAAGAGAUACCCAUGGUAGAUUAUAUCUCCAAAAAUGUACCGGCGACUGAGAGAGUCAUUGGACACAGAGCAGAGGAACCUUUUCCUGGCAGCCGGCAGUCUUCCAGAUCCCACAACUCCUCCACCCGGGCUCAUUCCUCCACUCACAGACAUGAAGGGAGAACGUGGAGUCUGGAGCGAACAGACAGCGUCCUCUCCGACUGUCCUUCCGGCAUGAUGUCGUCCUCAGUGGGGACCAGUAAAUGCAACAGUCCUGUGUGCAUGGAGGCGCGGGCCAGGCGUGCCGCACACUGUGGCUUUACUGAGCCCCACCGGCCGGCCCUGCAGUAUGGUGACUCUUUCGACUCGCUUGGGGACUCUCCGCAUAGCGACAGGUACGUGUCGGCGCUGACCACUCCGGCUCGCCUGUCUCCCGUGGACUUCCAUUACUCACUGCCCCCGCAGGUGCCUACCUUCCAGAUAACGUCUCCAAACGCCAGCCACGCCAUGUCUCUGCCCCCCGCAGCCCACGCUCCCUACCCACCGGAGGAGGACCAGCCGCUGCUGCGGCGCUACCAGGUGCCCCUGCAUGAGGCGCGGGGCCACGAGCCCUACCGGCAGCAGCAGCGUGGCAGCUACCUGCGUGACAGCACUGGCAGCCUUCCCUCCAGCCCCUACCGGCUGGCUCAAGAGGAAGAGUACGAAAGCACCCAGGAGUACCUCUCCUCGAUGGAGCAACCAAAGAGAAGCAGUCGGCACUGGCGCAGGUCCAGACUCAACGGCCACGUGGCGCCACGCGGCUACCAGCCCUCCUGGGACUUAGGCUCGCGCAGCUGCCUGUCGGACAGUGACUCAGAGGUGGAGGAAUGUGAGAGCACGCCCUUCCUCAGUAUGCAGAAUAUGAAUGCCACCGAGCCCGUCACCCUCUACAGGCCCGUGCCCGACACACAGACUUCUCACGCCCAGAUUGGGCGGCACGGGUCUCGCGCCAACACACAGACCAGACUGACGCACUCGCGCUCCAAACUGGACAAUGCACCCCACUAGAGAGACCGCCACCUAUUCACAAAAACCGAUCUACUAUAGACAUGCACCUAUAAGAAAUAUUUUUAUUUUAUAUAACUGACAGAUAUUAUAAACAAAUGAAAUAUUUAUUUUCAUUUUAGCAAAAGUUGUCUACUAGUUAACAGCAAAGACUUUUUUUAUAGGGAAAACUCUAUUUAUAUGUACAUUUUGAUUUACAGCAUAAAAAAGAUUUUUUUCACAACUUAAAAAAAAAAAAUAGAGUAAUAUUGUGGUGCCUUUUGCUGUAUGCUGAGGGCCAGAGGGCCAGUGGAGUUUUUUGUAGCCUUUCUUAUACGGACGCCUCAUUUUUUAUACUCGUUUACUCUUUUGUUGUCUCUUUUUGGCCUUUUUUCCUUACUUUCCUUUCCAGGUUGUGUUCUUUUGGGAGCUGACCCCCAUUUGAACUGUGACAUCCACCCUUCCCACCGUCAUGCAAUAUAAACCACUCUAACAUAAGGUGUAUGUUUACAUGAAUUUCAUCCACAGAGAUGUUUUAUGAUCAUGUUGCUUUGCCAACAGGAAAUCAAUAACAAAUGCAAUCGGGGGUUCGGAAAAAACGUACGAGUGUGUGUGAGUGUGAACGACCAAACGCGAGAGGCCUCGAAAUGACUGUGGCUCUGAGAAAUAUGCUGCUGAUGUCUAGAGUUACGCAUGUGGGCACUUGAUGUCGUCUUACAGAUGCACCGCCUUGACUUGCUUUGCAUCCCUACAGGGUAAAGGUGCGGUCACAUUUACCAUUGUUCGGCGAAUUUUCGUGGGCGAAAUCCAGUGAUUUCAAUUGGAAUUCGUGUGAUUGUGAAUUCCGGUUUGAGGAUGAAAGAUUUCCUCAUGCUGUUGUAGUUUGUCACACAGAUUGGCUGCGUUGACCAGCAGAAAACUGUUUGGUUUCAAAGUGACCCCUGUGUGCUUCAUACAUCGCUACACUACUGACAAUGGACUUUUUUGCCCUCAAAAUUUCGCUAAUGUGACCGCACCUUAAGGUUUGUCACACGGAAGCCUUCUCUUUCCAAAGGGGAUUGUGGGUUAAAUAUGAGGGGGCCGUGGGCCGGGCUGUCAAUGCUAAUAGCUUUUGACAGAUAACAAAGAAAUAAAGAACAUAUAGUCUCUCCCACUCAACCCACUUUCCCAUCACUCAGUCGAAUCGCCCUCAUUAUCAGCAAAUCCAUCCGGUUAGAGCGGCCAGUGGAGAGAUAGAUUGGAGGAAUGGAAGGCCUCACAGCGUCUCAGGACUUCACUCCACUGCACAUCUUCCUCUAGCGCAGGGCUGAAGAGAGACUGACACCAGGCUGAUAGAUGUGUCCACUCCACCAAUUGGUCCUGGUACUUUGGGACAGGGAGAGUAACAGGACAUUUCACACAGGACAUGUUCUUGCACAGUUUUUAAUUGUUGCUUUGUUUGAUGUAUUCCAUUCAGAGUCGGAAGUGGGAUAUUCCUAUUUGAUAUUUCCGACUAGGAAUAUGGUGUAUAAAGAAACAAAUUGCAUUUUUUACAUACACACAUACAGUGUAUAUUAUAUAUAAUAUUAUGAUGCUUUUACAUAUGUAGUAUUAUUCUUAUUCUAUUAUUAUUAUAUGUUGUUGCAGUAUAAGUGCACAUGCACAUUUUUCCUUUUUUUUUGUGCCAUGAAUGUCACAUUUUCACAAGUUCAACUCUGACAUGCAGUGGAGUGGAUGAGUAUCAGUGAAAAAUAGAAAAAAAUAAUGGACCAAUCAAAUGAAUAUGACGGUGUGAUAAGCAUGUUUAUAUUUAACAACAAUUUAAGUUGGGUUAAGAUACUCUUUUUGAUUCUGUGCAGUGUUUAGCUGUUUUUAAUGUUCGAAUGUGUCCUGUGUGAACGGCCCUGAAAAGUUCCUGUGCCGAACACGCAAUCACAUGCACACACAAACACAGUCUCAAAUGACAAGACAAAUAGCUGUGAAAAAGAUUAGGGGUCAUUAAAAUACCAAAAUAUGCAAACUUUAUAUUCUACUUGUGUUCCAAUGCAUUUCGUUUGUGUGUGUGUGUGUGUGUGUAAUGUGGAGACAAUUUGUUUCCUGUUGAUGUUUAACUUUGUCAAUGUUUUUCAUUAGGUCCACAUAUUUCAUAAUUAUUUAAUAUAUUCACAGUUAAUCUAAGACACCAAAUAGUGCAGGUCAUUAUUAUUAUUAUUAUUUUAUAUCGAAUGCUAUAUCAUCAGUUUAUCAUUCUUUUUCAUAUGUGACUCCAUGUCCAUUUUGAAGCACUCACUGGGCCCAAACCAAACCAGAAACAGCUGCACUGACUGACUCUGUUUGGAUGAAAAUACUCCAACAUUAAGAACCAGUCAGUAUGGAUCAGCCUGAGAUGAAGUGUACUAAAAUCAGCUGUUUUUAACUCUUCACCUUCUAGAGCAUCCACAGUCGGCAUCAGCUUGCCUCCUUGUUAAAAAUGUCGAGAAUAAUAUGUUGAGAGAGGUGAAGUCCAUUGGUUUUGGCACAGAAAAUCAACACCAAAUAACGGAGGAAGAUUAGAACUAGACAGAUACGUGAUAAAUGUUUUCAUGCACUUCUGUCAUAAAAAAAGAGAUGAGUUGUGAUUAUUUUGGUGAAAAACCAAUGUACAAGUCCUGAUAAAAAGGGGUUUAAUGCUGUGUUAUGACAGCACAAUGGAAUAGCCGUUUUUAUUUUAAAUGAAGAGAUGUUUUGUUUUGAAGUUUGAGCAAAAAUUAUUUUGAUCCCCUACCUUUCUUCCUUACAUUUUGGGUCUUAUUUGUAUGUUUGAGAAAUGCCAGAAAGACAGUGCUCUAGUUAGUUUAAAUGUGAUAUUGGUACUAAACGGUUAUGUCCUGCCAGUUUAUUUCUACUUUUCAUUUUCCCCGGCUUGAAACGUCUAAACACCUCACCUCUGCAUGUCCUUGUGGUCAAGGUUAGAUGGGUGCAUGGUACAAGCAGCAGAUGAUUUUUUCCCCCUCAAGUCAGUGGAAGUGUAUUUUUUAUUUUUUACAUCCAGCAAUAAAAAUGGAAUAUUUUCCCCCACCACGUCCAUUCUUGGAAAAUGCUAGAGGAUUUAAAAAAGUGAGACAAACACACACGACUGUCAUAGAUUGUAAAAAUAAAAUGAAAACACCUGUUCAUAUGAGAAAUUUUUCUUGGUAUCAUU